AUGGACGAAUAUGUUACUGCUCUUCUUCCUGGUACAGAAACAUCUCUUUCAAUGGUUCGUGAUGUUCGUGCUCAUGUUUAUGAAGAUGUUAAUAGUUUAACACGUACUAAUCUUGAUAAUAUACCAAUUAAAGUUGAUGUUGAAACAUUGUAUAUAUUAGAAGAAAAAUCUGAUAAAAAAACUUUUCUACCACAAACUAUUAAUAUUCAUAUACCUGAUUAUGAAUAUAAUCGUCCAGCAACAACAACAACAACAACAACUGAACGACAAGAUUUUGCUAUGCAAACAGCAAUACCAAUACCAACAAUAAAACCAUCAUAUCGACCAGUUGGUACACAAGUUGAACCAAUUAUUCAACAACAUACAGUUGCAGCUCAAACAACUGAUUCUUUACAUCGACCAAUGAGAGAACGACAACGUUUACCAUCAACACUUAGUCAAGAAGAUGAUACACCACAAAUUACAAAAACAACAACAGUUACAACAAAACGAUAUGAAAUAAAACGACGUCAUUCAAGUCAUCAUUCAAGUGAAGAUGAUGAUAAUGAUACUGAUGCUGCUGUUAUUUUUAUUGAUGAUGAAUCAAAAGCAUCUAAUUUUGAAGAUAAUUUUGAAUUAAAACGUGAAAAACGUCAUUCAUCAACUGAUGAUCAUAUACCUAAUAUACCUGAACAACGUCCACCAUUUGGUCAAGUAACAUCACGUUUACGUAUUGAACAAUUACGUGAUAUUAAUCGUCAUGUUGUUCGUCGUCAUUUACAAGAUAAUGAUUAUGAUGAAGAUGAAUAUUGUUCAUCAGAAGUUUAUGAAAUUCAUACACGUGGCGCAUGUAAAUGUAUUGUUCUAUCAUCUGAAGAAAAAACUCAAUAUGGUAGUGAAACACGUUUUGAAAAACAACUUCAACGUAUUGAACAUACAUAUACAGAUGAAGAAUUAAAAGUAACUGAAUUACAUGUUCUUGUAGCAACAUCAGAUCAAAAUUAUCAAUUAGUUAAACGUGAUUAUGGUGUUACUAAUCAAAAUCAUAUAGAAAAAGAAAAUAUUCAUGAUAAAUCAAGACAACCAUCUAUAUCAAUACAUUAUUAUACAAAAGAUGGACAACGUAUGAAAACAGAACAUAAUAGACAUCUUGAACAUUUACCAUUAGUUAUUCGAUGUGAAAUUGAAUAUGAACUUAAUCAUUAUGGUAGUGCUCAAUUAGUAAUAUUAUCUGUAACAGAAAAUGAACGUCGUCAAAUGAAUACAUCUCUUAAAAAAGAAUUAGUUGAUGAAAUAGUAUUACGUUCAGGUGGUCGUUUAUCUAAAAAUAGUUUGGAAUUAGAAAAUGAAAUCACACGACAAUUAGCUGAACCAACAGAUCUUUUACAUCUUGUUGAUUAUUCUUCACGUGAUGAUUAUAAUCAAACAAAUUCAACUGAUUUACGUCGUGUAUCACGUAUUGAUGUAACAACAUCAUUACGUAUUGUACAACGUUAUCGUACAAUAAUUCAUCGUCUUUGUCAAUUAUAUCGUACACAUAUACAAUUAACACAGCAAACUGAACAACAACGUUAUUUAAUAUUAGUUGCAUGUGAUGAAUAUUAUUUAUUAGAUUUAACAUCACAAAAUUCAACAAUAACAACAAAUAUAUCAGAUAUUCGACAACGACAACAUGAUAUAUUUAAACGAGAAGUUAAUAAUGUUAUUCAACAGCAACAACAACAACAACAACAUCAUCAACCAUUUGAUUAUGCUAAAUAUCGUCGUGAUAUUGAACAACAACAACGUAUUUUAGAACAACAACAUCAACAAAAAGAAAUCGAACGAAAAGAAAAACAUCAACAAACACAUAAAGGUCCACCACCACCUGGACAUCCAUCAGAAGCUGAAUUUUAUCUUGGUACUGGACGUCGUGCAUUAAUUGAACGUGAAAUUCAUUCAAUGCGUGAAGCUGUACGUCCACAUGAACAUGCUCCACCACAUUAUAAACAUGAACCAUCACGUCGUUCAUUAUCAAUUAGUUAUGGAGGUGGACAACGUUAUAUACGUGCACGUAUUAUUCAUGUUAAAGAUUUUUAUGAUGAUACACAACAACAACAACAACAACAACAACGUCAACAAAAACAAAAACAACAACAACCACAACCAGCUAAAGAACAAGAAUUAUUUGUUCGUAUUGAUGAUUAUAUUAAUGAAUCAGCAGCUGAUUCAUUACGUCGUGCAUAUUCAACAGAUUAUUUACAAGAAGAUGGACCACGUUCAAGAAUUCGUUAUAUACGUAUACCAGGAGAAACAAUUAAAAUUGAAGAAAAAACAACUUAUGAAUAUAAAGGAGUUAUGUAUGCAGAUUUACCUUAUUCAUUAAGAUAUUGGAAUAUACUCUAUAUUCUUGAUCGUGAAGCUCGUCAAGGUCGUCCACUUGGUUCAACACUUCCUCAUACUAUUGUUAAUGAUCCAUAUCGUCAAGUAAUACCACCAUUAACACAACAUGAAAUUCGUCAAACAGCUAAACAAAUUCUUUCACCACAAUAUAAUGGUAAAUCAUAUACAGAUCAAACAUUACGUUGGUUUUUAUCUCGUGAUAAUCGUACUGAAAUUGAAUCAGCUAAAUAUUUACAAACACUUGAUCAAUAUCGUGCACAACAACAAAAACAACAUAAAAAAAGUAAUAUUUCUAUUCAUAGUAAUGAACAACAAGGAACAACAAAUAGUUAUUAUACUACUGAAAAAUUUAUUCGUUAUGAAAAAAUGCCUGAUCGACUUGUACCAAUAUCAACUAAUAGUCGAACACAAUCAACACAAAAUAUUCAUCAUCGUUCACCAUCAAAUCCUCAUAUACUUCAACCUCCUAAUCUUCUUCAGAAUAAUAUACAACGUCCUCAAUCUCGUUCACAAUCACAUUAUCAAUCUUCAAUAUUUUCUCAGGGUUCAACUUGUCAAACACCAACACAACAACAACAACAACAACAACAACAACAUCAACAACAACGAACACAAUUACAAUCUAUGCAUUCACCAUUAUCUCGACAUCAAUCAGUACAUGAACUACAUGCUACGCCUGCUUUUUCGCAUCCACCUUCACCUUCACCAUCAUUUCAUAGUUUACAUAGUAAUCAACAUUAUCAUCCUAAUCGACGAAUAAUACCAAAUAAUAUUCGAUUUCCAUUACAACACCAGCAACAACAACGACAACAAAAUGCUGUAGUAACAGAAAUAUUUGACAGUCAAACAGGUCGACAUUUUUCAACAACUAGCCAAGAACAAUUACCUACUGAAGUACUCGGUCUUUUAAAUAAAUAUAAUUUACAAAAAUUUUAA